AUGUCGGAAAAUGCUAGUGUUUCUAGUGGCCAACCCCAAACAUUAGCGACCACAACCAGCAAUGAUGGGACAUCAACAGCAGCAACAACGUCGUCAGCACCACAGGGCCUGUCUGUGCCUGCGGGCACGAACAAAGAUGAUCGGCUUUCUCCCUCCGCAGUGAUUACCAACGACGAACCCCGCCAGACCUACAUCUCGGAUCGACUAAAGUCAAGCUCUACCUCGUCCGUCAACGAGCUCGGCGUGUGUGACAAUGCAGGGCAAAAUUCCACCACCACCGACUCCUUGCAUCCAGAUUCAAAACGAAUGUCUUUCGCCUCUUUACGCUCCUUAGGUUCAGUCAGCAUUGCCGGCUCUGUGAAUGCUCCUCACGAUCCUGCAGCAGCAGCUCCCAACGAAGACUCUCAAAAGACAACUUCGGGCUAUACGAGGUCAUCAGUUUCAUCCGCCGAUUUCCCCGCCGCUUUUCGAUCGGGCCACGCUUUAUCGGGCUUGAAUCAUACUUCUCAUGGAUUAUCAUCUUCGCGGAAUGAAACACCCUCCGAGGGAAGGCGGUUAUCGCGACCAACACGUUCAUCGAGCAGAGCUCCAAGGAGGUUAAGUGGAAGCACUGCCGCGAGCUCUGCUAGCGAAGCAGAACCUCGCCCACCUUAUAUCGGUAGAAUCGGCGUUUGUGCUCUCGAUGUCAAGGCGCGCAGCAAACCGAGUCAGAAUAUUCUGACCCGACUUCAAUCAAAGGGUGAUCUGGACGUGAUUGUCUUUGGCGAUAAAGUGAUUCUAGACGAAGCAGUUGAAAAUUGGCCUGUAUGCGAUUUUUUGAUUGCUUUUUUCUCCGAUGGCUUCCCGCUCGAUAAGGCGAUAGCGUACGCGAAAUUGCGAAAGCCUUUCUGCGUGAACGACCUGUCGAUGCAGAAGAUUCUAUGGGAUCGCAGACUGUGUCUUAAGGUUCUGGACCAAAUGGGUAUUCCCACGCCCAUGAGAGUUGAGGUCAAUCGCGACGGUGGCCCAGUGUUGGAGUCAGCCGAACUUGCCCAGCAUCUUCACCACCUGACUGGCGUAAAGCUUGAAGGUCCAGAUGAUGGCAUCGGCGGUGGAGCCGUCAAGUCACAAUCAAUAUCAUUAUCUGAAGAUGGGGAGACACUUAUAGUUGACGGUCAAACUAUUCGAAAACCUUUUGUUGAGAAGCCCGUGAGUGGAGAAGAUCAUAAUAUUCACAUUUACUUCCCGAAAGAUCAACAAUAUGGUGGAGGCGGAAGACGCUUGUUUCGGAAGGUGGGAAACAAGAGCUCAGAAUAUGAUCCGAGUCUUGUGGUGCCCCGAUCUAUCACGGAGAAAGGCACUAGUUAUCUCUACGAGCAGUUCCUGAGGGUUGAUAAUGCUGAGGACGUCAAAGCAUAUACCGUCGGACCCGAUUUCUGUCACGCCGAGACUCGCAAGUCUCCAGUCGUAGACGGAGUUGUGCGGAGAAAUACUCACGGAAAAGAGUUGCGAUACAUUACCAAUCUCACAAAGGAAGAGGCUGCCAUGGCAGCCAAGAUUUCCAACGGUUUUGGCCAGCGGAUCUGUGGUUUUGAUAUGCUUCGCGUUGGAGACAGAAGCUAUGUCAUCGACGUGAAUGGCUGGAGUUUCGUUAAGGAUAACAACGAUUAUUAUGACAAGUGUGCAAAAAUCCUCAGGGAAAUGUUUAUUAACGAGAGACGCAGAAGGGACAGGAAUUUCGAGCAGUCCGAGCCCCCCUCUCCGGAUAACGUUUCGUCUAAGAGAGGCGUUUCAGGUUCUCAUCGCAGCGCUCUUAAAACCAUCUUGAAGUCGCCGAGUAUGUCUAGAAUACACAGCUCACCGCAGGCGCCUAAGGAUCAUUUCGUGGCUUCAGAUAUUAUCAGCCCAACGUCAGCACCUGCCGGGGAUAUAGUCAAAGCUUCACUGUCCCAGUCUCGGGAAGAACUUUCGUUACCCGCAAGUGGCAGUGCCUCAACGACCCACUCGCCAGCGCUCUCAAUCUCAAACGAAGAAGAAAUAGUGCCGUUACCAGCUUCUAAACAUUCAUGGAAACUCAAGGGUAUGGUGGCUGUCAUACGCCACGCUGAUCGAACUCCGAAACAGAAGUUUAAAUUUACAUUCCACAGUCAGCCUUUUGUCGACCUCCUUCGAGGUCAUCAGGAAGAAGUCGUUAUCAAAGGUGAAGCUGCUCUUGCAAGUGUGGCCGAAGCUGUUCGAGUGUCAAUGAAACAAGGUUUGGAGGAUAUGGACAAACUCAAACUUCUCAAGAUUUCACUAGAGAAGAAAGGCAACUGGCCAGGGACAAAAGUACAGAUCAAACCCAUGUUCAGAAAGCGAAGGCCAGAAGAAAUGUCAGGUGCGGCAGAUCCACCGACAUCUCCUCAGAUCAGGAGUGCAUCCCUUCCAGAUGAUCCAGCUACACCAUCUCAAGAAUUGACCUCGGACUGCGAGAAGCUUGCACGGCMGCAGACCCGUAGUGACUCUAUUUCGGGACCUACAUUUUCUCGAUUUUCUGCGGCUGAAAAUGAUCUCAUCUUAGAUAAGCUUCAAUUAGUUAUUAAGUGGGGAGGAGAACCUACACAUGCUGCCCGAUACCAAGCUCAGGACUUGGGUAUGACCAUGAGAGACGAUUUGAAACUCAUGAACAAAGAAGCCCUGAAUGAUGUUCGCAUUUUCACCAGCUCGGAGCCUAGAGUUAGUACAAGUGCACAAAUUUGGGCUUGUUCCUUCUUGGAUGAGAAAGAGCUCCCAGAAGAUUUUAUCCAAGUGCGGAAAGAUCUUUUAGAUGAUUCCAAUGCAGCCAAAGAUGUCAUGGACAAAGUCAAGAAGAAGCUAAAACUUUUGCUACGCGAAGGGUCCGCACCAUCUCAAUUCACCUGGCCGAAAGACGAUUUUCCAGAACCGUCCGUAGUCCUUGCGACUGUGGUGCAAUUAAUGAAAUACCAUCGAGACGUGAUGCGCCACAACUUCCGCCGGCUUGCACGUUCUGAUAUUGUUGAUAUUCCCGGGAACCCGCCCAAGAACCCUGAAAGCCCGCACGUAGACUCGAUACAAGGUCGUUGGUGCACAGGCGAAGAUGCCGAACUGUUCAAAGAGAGAUGGGAGAAGCUUUUUGCAGAAUUUUGCGAUACAGAGAAGGUCGAUCCCAGUAAGAUUUCAGAACUUUAUGACAGUAUGAAGUUUGACGCACUACACAACCGUCAAUUCUUGGACUGGGUUUUCACACCUCCCGAUGGGUUUAAAGUCAAGGAGCCGAGUGGGUUGCCAUCACAACAAGUCAUCGAAAGUGACAAAUUCGAAGAAAAGACCGACAAUGGCACGUUAGUCGAGAGAAUUGGAUUCAAGAAGAGAGCUUUAAGUAUUGUGGAGUCCAGACGGUUUGGACGCUUGGAAGAUGCUUACGAUAAUUACUUCAAGCUGCAUGGCAACCCCAACUCUAAACGAAAAAAAUCCGACGAGCGUCUUGUCAAACUGCGAGAGUUGUAUAAACUGGCCAAAGUCUUGUUUGAUUACAUCACACCUCAGGAGUAUGGGAUCAAGAAUAGCGAGAAGCUGGAAAUUGGGUUGCUUACUUCGCUGCCGUUGCUGCGAGAAAUCGUCCGCGAUCUUGAAGAAGUCCAAGCCUCGCCUGAUGCAAAAUCCUUCUUCUAUUUCACCAAGGAAUCGCACAUCUACACUUUGUUGAACUGUAUUCUGGAAGGCGGCAUCCAGACUAAGAUCAAACGAAGCGCAAUUCCCGAGCUCGAUUAUUUGUCCCAGAUUUGCUUCGAGCUCUACGAGGCCAAGGAUAGCGACACGGAUACAUUCUCGUACUCCAUUCGAAUCUCCAUCAGCCCUGGCUGCCACACUUUCGACCCUCUGGACGUUCAAUUAGAUUCUCGCCAUGCUAUCGGAUGUGCUCCCCGCAGAAGUCUGACGGCACAUCAGGAUUGGAAGGAAGUGAUUGAGACUCUGAAAGCGAAGUUCGAUACGGUAAAACUGCCCAAGAGCUUUAUAGCGGUCAAUCUUAGUGACAAGCAUGCUUAUUAA